CUCUUUCCCUUUCUUUUCGGAGUGGUUGGUUUUCGGUCUCCUUUCCUCCGACCAUCAAUAUGGACAAGACGCCAACCACAGCUUUCGGGAUGCCGCUGAAGGCUACCCCUGGCAUCCGUCGCUUCUCAGCUGCAGCAUCAAAGGGUCAGCACAGCUGUGAGUUCGGUUCCGCCAAGUAUUACGGUCUGUGUGCAAUUGGAGGUGCUCUCAGUUGUGGACUUACCCAUACCCUUGUCGUUCCCCUGGAUUUGGUGAAGACUCGCAUCCAAGUCGACCCUGCGAAAUAUAAGAACAUUCUCACUGGAUUUCGAGUGACUGUGGCUGAUGAAUCAGCAAUGGCUUUGACCAAGGGAUGGGCACCCACCCUUGUUGGUUACAGCAUGCAAGGUCUGUGCAAGUUCGGAUUUUACGAGCUCUUCAAGAAUAUGUAUUCCAACAUGCUUGGCGAGGAAAAGACGUACACUUGCAGAACUGGUCUGUAUUUGGCUGCCUCCGCCAGUGCUGAGUUCUUCGCUGAUAUGGCUCUUGCCCCUAUGGAAGCUGUCAAAGUGCGCAUGCAAACGCAAAUUGGCUGGGCCAAUUCCAUGAGAGAAGGAGUGCCAAAGCUCUAUGCCGCAGAGGGUAUUGCUGGCUUCUACAAGGGCUUGCCACCAUUGUGGAUGCGUCAGAUUCCCUACACUAUGAUGAAGUUUGCAUGCUUCGAGCGUACCGUUGAGGCUCUGUACAAGUAUGUUGUACCCAAGCCACGUGACCAGUGCAGCAAGGCGGAGCAGCUUGUCGUUACCUUCUCUUCUGGUUACAUUGCCGGUGUAUUCUGUGCUGUUGUGUCUCACCCCGCUGACUCCGUCGUGUCCAAGCUGAACUCAGAGAAGGGCUCCACUGCCGUGGAUGUUGCCAAGAAGCUCGGCAUGGCCGGUCUCUGGAAGGGAUUGGGCCCACGCAUCAUCAUGGUGGGAACGCUCACUGCACUGCAGUGGUUCAUCUACGACACCGUCAAGGUUGUCCUGCGUCUGCCCAGGCCUCCACCAGCAGCCAUGCCAGAGAGCCUCAAGAGGAAGUUGGCACAGCAGCAGCAGUAGACUGACCUCUAAAACGGUCAGAACAACAUUCUAGGUCUCAGAGCCUCAUACUUGAAAAGCGCUUAUUAUGGAAUUCAUAGGUAUUUACCUUUCAUGAAAAUCAAAUAUCUAUUUUUAUUUUCUGGCGUAGGAAGAAAGAAAGAGUAGUAAGAAUUCUUUUCACA